UUGAUAUAUAAAUAACUCAUGCACUGACUAGUCACCUGGACUAAGGCACCUGCUGAAAACAUUAAAAGAAGCUUCAAAAUGAUUUUUAAGAUUGUUUUCCUAGUUUCCCUUUUGCAGGCGUUAUCAGGAGCUGGACCAAUCAGUUUUAUCAGCAAAAGUCACAAAGGAGAUAAUCAACUGCUCAAUUAUGUGGUGAAUAAUUCUCUAAGGGAGCAUUCAGUGCUGAAUAAAGUGUACCAGAGAACAAUGGAAGAUCCCUGGAACCUUAUGAUGGUGUCACGAGAACAAGCUCAGUUCAUGGCUAUUCUAAUAAAACUGAUUAAAGGCAACAAAACCAUUGAAAUAGGCAUGUAUACUGGAUACAACACCCUGAGUAUGGCUUUGGUUAUUCCUGAGGAUGGCCGUGUGGUGGCAUGUGAAAUCAAUGAUACUUAUGUGGAAAUUGCCAAGCCGUUUUUUAAAGAGGCAGGAGUAGAAAAUAAAAUUGACAUCAGGCAUCAAAAUGCACUUAGAACCUUGGAUGAACUUCUAGAGGCUGGUGAAGCUGAAACCUAUGACUUUGUAUUCAUUGAUGCAGACAAGAAAAAUUUAGACAAUUACUAUGAGAGAUCCCUCCAGCUUAUUCGUAAAGGUGGCAUAAUAGCUAUUGAUAAUGUCCUUUGGGGAGGGAGAGUCAUAAACCCUGACAAAGAUGACGUCACCACUCAGGUCAUUGACAAGCUGAAUAAGAAACUCCACAAAGACCAGCGAGUGGAUCUGAGCAUGCUCACUGUGGGUGACGGCCUCACAUUGGCUAUUAAAUUAUAAUUGUUAUAGCCCUGUAAUAGACCUUGUAUAAAUGUUAAUGAUAAAUAAAUUAAAUCAUUUAU